GAAACCCUGCCUGAUUUGUGGGCAAUGUUGGGGAUGUAGAAAAAAAAGGAAACCGGAGCAAAGAGAGCGCAAGGGAGAGAUAGGGAGACAACACUAACUGGGUAGCUAUGGAGAUAGUAGGUUUUCCUAGUAGCUUUCUUUGACAGGUGUCGAGUGGGAUAAAAUAAAGUGUCAGAACAGCCUCCAAGAUGUACGGCAAAGGUAAAGGAGCUGUGGUCCCCUCCGAUAGCCAAGCGAGAGAAAAGUUAGCAUUAUAUGUGUACGAGUACCUGCUACAUGUCGGAGCACAGAAGUCAGCACAGACCUUCCUGUCUGAGAUUCGAUGGGAGAAGAAUAUUACAUUAGGGGAGCCCCCUGGAUUCCUCCAUUCGUGGUGGUGUGUAUUCUGGGAUUUGUAUUGUGCAGCUCCAGACCGAAGGGAGACAUGUGAACACUCCAGUGAGGCCAAGGCCUUCCAUGACUAUAGCGCAGCGGCGGCGCCCAGCCCUGUGAUGGGCAACAUGCCCCCCAACGACGCCAUGCCAGGUGGUCCCAUGCCCCCAGGCUUCUUCCAGGGACCACCCGGCUCUCAGCAGUCCCCCCACGCACAGCCCCCCCCACACAACCCCAGCAACCCCAUGAUGGGACCCCAUGGCCAGCCUUUCAUGUCACCGCGGUAUCCAGGUGGGCCGCGCCCCUCACUCCGAAUGCCAAAUCAGCCUCCUGGAGGAAUCCCAGGAUCCCAGCCUCUCCUGCCAAACAGUUUGGACCCAACAAGACCGCAAGGACAUCCCAACAUGGGUGGACCAAUGAGGAUGAACCCUCCCCGAGGAAUGGCCAUGGGCCCACAGAAUUAUGGUGGCAUGAGGCCUCCUCCCAACUCCAUGGGUGGUCCAAUGCCAGGAAUGAACAUGGGUCCCGGAGGAAGAGGGCCUUGGCCAGGACCUAAUGCUAACUCUAUAGCCUACUCCUCCUCAUCUCCAGGAAACUAUGUGGGUCCACCAGGCGGAGGAGGUCCACCUGGAACUCCCAUCAUGCCCAGCCCAGGUGAUUCAACUAACUCCAGUGAAAACAUCUAUACAAUGAUGAAUCCUAUCGGACCCGGAGGCAACAGACCCAAUUUCCCUAUGGGACCUGGGCCUGACGGGCCAAUGGGAGCUAUGGGAGCCAUGGAACCACACCACAUGAAUGGAUCACUAGGGUCUGGGGAUAUGGAUGGGUUGCCAAAGAGCUCUCCUAAUAACAUGGGGGGCAUGAACAACCCUCCUGGAACGCCCAGAGAUGACGGCGAAAUGGGCGGCAACUUCUUGAACCCAUUCCAAAGCGAAAGUCCUUCUGGGACAGCCCUCGAGCAUGCUGGGACUUUGAUUAAGACGGGCCCUCCUGGAGCAUGCAAAAUGGCUGCCGGCGUGAACAGGAAGCAGUCACAGAGCAACAGGAAGAGCCUCCUCUCUGACUCCGGCCCCGGCCUCCCUGGCUUUCUGUCGGGGUCUAGACAAUGAGCGAGGGACGGGGGACAAACAGAGAGAAAAAGAGGGAGAGAGGAGACUGGAAAACACAGCCCUCCCUUACAGACGAGUGUCAGGUCUCUUAGCAGCUGCCUGGAAGCUUCUCAACCUCGACUUUGGACUUUUUUUUCUUUCUUUUUUUUUUAAAUCAUAAUUUUUUUGUCCCUGUUCCCGACGGAUUCAGUGGAGGGUCAAACAAUACGAUCCCCAUUUUCGCCCUCCUUCACGUUGUUCUCUGUGCGUGUACAUUUGUAACAGAGGUGUUGUGAUGAUCAGUGAACAUGGUUUUUUCCAUUUUUAAAUAAUUUUUUUGUGUAUGUAUUGUAUCAUUGCUAUUUUUAUUAUUGUAUUAUUGUUAUUAAUGAUAUUGUUAUGAUCAUUUUAAGAUUAGGUUCUAAUUUCUGUUGUGUUUAAGGGCACAUUAAUAUGAUGAAGACAGCGUAUGUGCGCACAAAUCAGAAAUUAUUUGCUGUGUAUCAUGUGGCUCUGUUUGAGCACACUGCCCCCUGCAGGUAAGAUUUUACCCAUCACGGUACAGAUUGGUCGUAUUUUUAAAAAAAAUCUUCCUCAGACUUUCUUUAAAAAAAAAAAAAUUCUAAAUUGUUUUUCUUGAUAACCCACACAAGAAGAAGAAGAAGCGCCUCCUGCUUUAGUAUCUUCCCUGCAGUGAAAUGCACAGCUCUAUUUAUUUAUGUACUUUUAAUUUGUCUUAUGAAUCAUUGUUAUGUUUUUUUUUAAGUGUUAUCCCUGUUUGGUUUUUUUUGUCAACUGCAGAACUAGUAGCAACUGUGUAAAUAUGCAGAUCCACUCCUUCAUCUCCGUCUGACAUCAGUAGACCCCUCUAUCCGAGCCCCCCCGCCCCCCGAAGGUGCUGAUUGUGUUAUAACAAGCGUCAACCAUUUCGACCCCACUCACGCUGCUUCCACUAACGCUUCACACUUUACUCCAUCGUGUACAUAGGUUGCGUCUGUCUGCUGACCUGUCGUGAACACUCGGAUUGUUUUUUUUUGUUUGUUUGUUUUGCUGAUAAAUUCUCAACACACUGUGAUGCACGUCUUUGCUUUCACACAGCAGUCAGUCAGUUCAGCUUGCACACUUUUUUGUUGUCACACUCGCAGUGCUCCCUCUUCACCGUCGUGUCUGGUGAGAGGACUUCUGGCCACCUGCUGAUCGGAUCUCGGUGUUUUUUACGCAGCAAGCCGUUGCUCUGUUGACCGUAACGAGUGGCAUCCCUCCCUUUCCCUCACCUUGAACAAAAAAAAAAAAAAAAAAACAAAAACCCCCACCUUCCCCUCUUUUUUCUUACCUUUCCAACAGGCCAGCAUUGACACACAGACACUCGGUAACACACCAUCCCUCUCUGAUUUUUAUUUUUUUUUGUACAGCUCUCCAUCUUUUUUUGAUUUUAAUUUUUUGUAAAUACUGUAAAAUGCAUUUUGAUAUCAUUGACAUGUUUUUGAUAUUUCAAAUCACAACUUAACAGUUGAUCAGAAACGUGCUGACUCGGGCAACUGUGUGUAUUUGUUCAGAGAUGGCGUGUCUUUUACUCAGAAUUAAUAUGAAUGACGAGAAACAGAAAACUGGAGCUGCUAUAGACUAUUAUGCUAUCUCACCUCAUCACAGACUAAACGCGGGGCUUUUACUGUGCGUCGGAGCUGUCGCGUCGAGGGGUCCGCCAGGACAAGGGAGGAAAUUGUAUGUAGUCAAAAUGUGGGUGAACACCAUUAGCUAAGUCACUGUCACACACAUUUCCCUAAAAACUAAACACAAACUCUCCCUCUUCUGCCUCUGUUCCUGGAAACUUGGUUUGAAGUGGCCAAAAAGCUACUUAAAUGGGAAUAUAUUGUCAUUUUUGACAGGGAAUUUGCAAGAGCAGAGCUAAAGAGGGCAGUUUUUUUUUUUUUUUUUUUUUAAAAUAAUAAAACUUCUGUGUCUGCCUCCACCACUCUGCAUUUCAGCUUUUAUCCUCCUGACACAACUGAAUCAGAAAGCAGGGCACACAGGACACUGGCUCUCCAUCCAACGCACCAGGGACCAGAGUACAUACUUUACUAUGAAGGAUUUUUUUAUCUAUUUAAAAUGUGGCAGGAGAAAUGUUUGGGGAAAGUAAAAAGAGAAGGAAAAAAACACAUGGACAAACUUGUUGCUGAGAAGAAGUAGAGAGAGUGCAGGAACAGGCGUUUCCUCCCCUGUACUUUGAAAUACUGUUGUAUAAAAUGCAGUCCAACUUCUCUCUAUCUUUCUGUCCUGUAAGUAAAGCCGUCACAACGUUGAUCAUUUCUGUAUUUCUAUCGUGCUGAUGUAUAAUACUGUAACAUUCGGGGGAAGGGAGGGUUAAGAGAGGACUUUUGGGGGGGUGGGGAGUAAAAAUUUUCUGUUCAGUUCCUCAUUUUUCCUCUUGAUGACAAAGCAGUAUUGAAUAUGAGGCAGUCUGUCCUUGGGGAGUUGCUUUGUAUCUCAUGUUAGGGUAGUUUCAGAUCCUAAAUGUCUCGUGUAGUAAAAUAAGAGGUUCCUUCGUAUGUUUCUUUAUAUUGUAAAGUUUCUUUAGACAAAAAAAUGUUGCUUAUUGGAAAAAAGGUGGGAAAUCUGCAUUGAUAAUUAAUGUAUUUUUUGUUUUUAUUUUUUUGGGGUUUUAAUUUUCAUCAAGUUGUCAGUCGUUUUUUGCUUGUGUCCCCCUUGUUGUAGAUACAUAUUAAAAACAAAUAAAAUGACUUCACUCCUUUUGCCAUGAA